GAGUCGCGGGGCUCACGUUUCGAUCAUGAUAUUCUGAAGCUGAACACCAGAUGAGUUUUGCAUCUUCGAGCUGAAGAGCAGUUCUCCCGGACUUCGGCGUUGUUCCCAUGGUGACAGGAGCAGGACUCCUCCAGGAGGCUACAGCAACAAGAAGCCCGCGUGGUUUUGUUCCAGCUCACAUCUUCUCCAGACCAAGAUGAAGAACCGAGGCGGAGGCUGGCUGGACUCUCGACUUAAACAAAGAGUGGAGCAGUACCUGGCCUCGAGCAGCAGUCAAUAUGUUGACCUGGCAGAGAUGGCCCUGGACCUUCAAAAACAGUACAGAGUGGAGUAUGGCAGAAGGAACAAGACAGCGUUCAGGAUCCAGGUGGAGAAAGUGUACGAUGCAGUGAAAGAGGACGCGGACCUGAACGACCUGGAGAGCAAACACCUGGCUAAGAGAGCCAGGAGCAGCUGCAAUGAAACUGGGGACGGCAGCAGCUCAGACGAGUCAUCAGAAAGCGAUCAACAGGUUCUGGGCAACACGCCCAACAGCUCUGUCACGGCACUGUACCGUAAGGGCCCUCCAGCAGCCAGCAUGACCAACCCAGUUCCAGAUGAAGGGACCCUGGUUUCCCCUGGAGGCUGGUUCAUCGAUAAGGGCAGAGGCCCUGCCACCAAGCCUGUCUUCAUCGACCUCAGUAAAGACGAGUCGGUCGAUACGGAAACCAAUAGAGGUGCGUCCCACCUGGAGCCGGAGACCACUCAGAAGAAAUCAAAGAAAAGGGCAAAGAGCUCGGCCGAGUAUCGCAACGCAGACAAGAAAGCCAAGUCCAAGUCUCCAGAGCUGCAGUUCCCCUAUCUGAGGUUUGAGGAUGUGGGGGGGAAUGAGGAGAUCCUGACGGAGGUGUGUAAGCUGCUGGUCCAUAUGCGCCACCCUGAGGUGUACCAGCAUCUGGGGAUGGUUCCUCCCAGGGGCUUCCUCCUGCAUGGGCCUCCCGGCUGUGGAAAGACCCUGCUGGCCCAGGCUGUGGCGGGGGAGCUGCAGAUCCCCAUGCUGAAGGUGUCCGCUCCAGAGCUGGUGUCCGGCGUGUCCGGAGAGUCGGAGCAAAAGCUGAGGGAGCUGUUUGACAUAGCCGUGACCUCCAGUCCAUGCAUUGUGUUCAUAGAUGAGAUAGACGCCAUCACGCCUAAAAGAGAGGUGGCUUCUAAAGACAUGGAGCGGAGGAUCGUAGCCCAACUGCUGACCUGCAUGGACGACCUCAACAGCCUGACUGUGACAGCUCAGGUUCUGGUGAUCGGCGCCACCAACAGGCCUGACUCAUUGGACCCGGCCCUGCGGAGAGCCGGACGCUUCGACAGAGAGAUCUGCCUGGGAAUCCCCGAUGAGGCCGCUCGGCUCGGGAUCCUGAAGACAUUGUGCAGGAAGCUGACGCUGCCGGAGGGCUUCGACUACCAGCUGCUGGCUCGGCUGACGCCGGGCUACGUGGGUGCCGACCUCAUGGCUCUGUGCCGGGAAGCCGCAAUGGCCGCGGUGAACCGGGUUCUGCUGGAAACCAGGCCGGCGCCUCCCACUCCGCCACAGAACUCUGCUGCAGAACCAUCCGGAAGCACAGAGCCUGAGGCUGGAGGGGAAAAGCAGCAGGUAGAGCCGGGGGAACUGGGUCGGCUGCUGGACCUGCUGAGGGCCACAGAGACACUGACGGAGCAGCAGCUGGCCGGCCUGUCCAUCCUCAUGUCCGACUUCCGGGACGCGCUGGUCCGAGUCCAGCCCUCGGCCAAGAGGGAGGGCUUCGCCACGGUGCCAGACGUCACCUGGGAGAACGUUGGAGCGCUGCAGAACAUCAGGGAGGAGCUAACCAUGGCCAUACUGGCUCCGGUCCGCUCCCCAGAGCAGUUUAGGGCUCUGGGCCUCAGCGCUCCGUCUGGGGUCCUGCUGGCUGGACCCCCAGGCUGUGGGAAGACCCUGCUGGCCAAGGCUGUGGCCAAUGAGUCAGGUCUCAACUUCAUCUCAGUGAAAGGUCCAGAGCUGCUCAACAUGUACGUGGGGGAGAGCGAGCGGGCCGUGCGACAGGUCUUCCAGAGAGGGAGCAACUCGGCUCCUUGCGUCAUCUUCUUCGAUGAGAUCGACGCUCUGUGUCCUCGCCGGUCAGGCCAUGAGUCAGGAGCCAGUGUGCGGGUCGUUAAUCAGCUGCUGACGGAGAUGGAUGGCCUGGAGACACGGAGACAGGUCUUCAUCAUGGCUGCCACCAACAGGCCGGAUAUCAUUGACCCGGCCAUCCUGAGGCCAGGGCGUCUAGAUAAGACCUUAUAUGUUGGGCUCCCGUGUGCGGCAGAUCGUCACGCCAUCCUGCUCACCAUUACUAAGGGCGGCACCAGGCCUCAGUUGGAGCAAGACGUCCGUCUGGAGGAGAUUGCUUUUGACGAACGCUGCAACUCCUUUUCUGGAGCUGACCUGACGGCAUUGGUGAGGGAAGCAUCUGUAAAUGCCCUGAAGGCCUUCAUGAAGUCUCAGCACCAUGAUCACACGCAUCCUACCAGCUGCACAGCUGCCAUCAAGGUCAGCAGACAGAACUUUGAGGACGCCUUCAAGACCGUCCGACCGUCUGUGUCCAAAAAGGACCAGCUGAUGUAUGAGCAGCUCAGAGAGUCUCUCAGCAGAUGACCAACGAACCGCAGACAGAUGUCACAACAAUUAUGUAUUUGCAUAUCUUUGUGGAAGUAUUAUUACACACAUUCUUUUUUUUUUUUUUUAUAAAAUAUGUGACAAACUUC